CGGCAAGCAAACAUAAAGGCCCAACAAAUGUUUUGAAAACCAAAAAAAAUGGUGGUUGUGGAGGUUGGGGCACAUGAGAGCGUUUUUUCGACCAAAGUACGUAAAAGAAUCAACUUCUUCACUUGCCCGGUGGUUUCAUUUUCCUUUUAUAAAAAGACAAAUAUGAACUCAGUUCCUCAAAACUUAAUCACACCAUGGUGGCUCAUCUUCAACCUCCUAAGAUCAUCGAGACCUGUCACAUCUCUCCCCCAAAGGGCACCGUUCCAUCAACCACUCUUCCUCUCACCUUCUUCGAUGCCCCCUGGCUCUCUCUCCCACUCGCCGAUUCUCUCUUCUUCUUCUCUUACCAAAACUCAACUGAAUCUUUCCUCCAAGACUUUGUACCCAACCUCAAACAUUCCCUCUCCAUCACUCUCCAACAUUUCUUCCCUUACGCCGGUAAACUGAUUAUCCCGCCUCGUCCCGACCCUCCAUAUUUACACUACAACGAUGGCCAAGACUCUCUUGUUUUCACCGUAGCAGAGUCUACUGAAACCGACUUCGACCAACUGAAGUCUGAUUCCCCUAAAGAUAUCAGUGUGUUGCAUGGCGUCUUGCCCAAGUUACCUCCUCCUCACGUCUCUCCGGAAGGAAUUCAGAUGCGACCAAUAAUGGCUAUGCAAGUCACCAUCUUCCCUGGAGCUGGAAUCUGUAUAGGCAACUCAGCUACACAUGUUGUAGCAGAUGGAGUCACCUUCAGUCAUUUCAUGAAGUAUUGGAUGUCAUUGACCAAAUCCAGCGGUAAAGAUCCCGCCACGGUUCUUCUACCCUCUCUGCCUAUUCACAGCUGCAGAAACAUGAUCAAGGACCCAGGCGAGGUAGGCGCAGGACAUUUGGAGCGGUUUUGGAGCCAAAACUCUGCAAAACACAGUUCACAUGUUACGCCUGAGAACAUGGUCAGAGCCACUUUUACAUUGAGCCGGAAGCAGAUAGAUAAUCUAAAAAGUUGGGUUACAGAGCAGUCUGAGAAUCAAUCUCCUGUUUCUACCUUCGUGGUGACUCUAGCUUUCAUUUGGGUAAGCUUGAUCAAGACACUUGUACAAGACAGUGAAACAAAGGCCAACGAGGAAGACAAGGAUGAAGUAUUUCACUUGAUGAUCAAUGUGGAUUGCAGGAAUCGCCUCAAGUACACACAACCAAUACCACAAACAUACUUUGGCAACUGUAUGGCUCCUGGUAUCGUAUCAGUCAAGAAACACGAUUUGCUAGGAGAAAAAUGCGUUUUGGCGGCUUCAGAUGCAAUCACAGCGAGAAUCAAAGAUAUGUUAUCAAGCGAUCUGUUGAAGACAGCACCAAGAUGGGGACAAGGAGUACGUAAAUGGGUCAUGUCCCAUUAUCCAACCUCAAUUGCAGGAGCUCCGAAAUUGGGACUGUAUGACAUGGAUUUUGGAUUAGGAAAGCCCUGCAAAAUGGAGAUCGUGCACAUAGAAACAGGUGGUUCUAUCGCAUUCUCAGAGUCCAGAGACGGCAGCAAUGGAGUUGAGAUUGGAAUAGCACUAGAGAAGAAGAAAAUGGAUGUGUUUGACUCAAUUCUACAACAGGGGAUCAAGAAAUUCGCAACGUAGCAGCCCCUUUCUCAUCCAAUAACUUGUAGCAACGAAAUGACUCUAUGAAAAGCGUUGUUGGAACGGAUAGACUUGUUGUUUAAUAUCCAUAUCCAACCUCAUAAAUACGGGCAAAACAUACUCUUUAGUCCGAAAUAUAAACUCAAAACAAGAAAACAAAAAGAUAAUGUGAAAUUGAAAGAGAAUAAUGUAGUGAUCUUGUUUAACUCAAGUCUCAUGGUUAAGGAGACGGAAGCUGAUGAGAACACUGAGAAUUUAUGAGUUUUUUCAGACUACAAGCACUAAGAUACAAGUGCAAGUGUAUAGUUUAAACU